GCUGGAUUGGCCGCAUGGAUUGGUCGGCCUCGUAGCUUCCCGCUGCAGAGCGACUCGAUUCAAAGAUGAAAACGCUGGCCACCAAUUUGUCGAUGCAAGUGCUCGUCUGACACCAUCCCACCCUUUCGGAACCACGAUUUAGCCUGAGACUGGCAUAUCUGAUCCGAGCCUCUCCCCCGCUCGGCCAAAGCCUCGGUGAUGAUCUCAUGAUGUUGGCGCUGCAGGUUUUUUCGACAGGGAAUCAAUGGGAUUCAUGAGCUCUUGAGUGUGGGGCGAUAGAGUACCUCCCAUCCUCAGCCAGGCCGCGCCAGCUGGGGCCUUGCCGCUAAACCCUCGACUAAUUCGACGACGUGGGGGCGGGGCAACCACCAUCAAAUCAAUUCAUCACAGCAAGAACUACUACAAUACAGUCUUUGGUCUUUAUCUCGAUCCAGGGGAGCCGUCUUUUUCGAGGAGCUUGUACCAGAUGGCAUCUGCAGCCUGGAGAUGGUAAAAAUGCAAUGGAUGGUCAACCGUCACCGAGGAGGCCAGAAAUAAACUCCGACUAACAGCACCAGAUGAGCAAGGCAAUGUCCCGACGGCUCGAGAUCCCCCACGCAGCCGAGGCUAGGCUAAUACGAACCAUGGAUACAUACCCACCCGUUCACAUCACCGGUCUACUUGUGCCCAGACGCUAGAGCUUUCCUCCGCUAGGUACCUGGGCAAACCGUGGGUCUCCCAGACCAUCUUUCUCCCAUAAAAGCAUGGAUGCGCUCGAGAUGUAGGCGGAUUAAUUACGCCCAUCCCUCCGGUCACCGGAACACUCAGACAGCCGGCUCAACGGCAAGGGGCCUCCCUCUCUCCAAGUCGCCCCAAUGCUUUCCCCUCCUACCCCUCCCCCCAAUAUCCCCCCAAUGGACCUCUGCGUGACAGCCACCUGGCCCCGGACUUUUUGGUGAGGGGGAGGGCUAAUGCUCUGACUGGUGCCCUUGCCUCUAUUCUAUCCAUCGUGGGUGUCUGUAGAUAAAAAAAAAAAACCAUCCCUGGUUGUCUCUUCCCGUCCUCGGACCACAAUCCAUUGCAUCAUAUAUCGCACCAUUGACUGCCCUGUCUGGUCAAGGGAAACAGAUAAUUCAGUGAAAAUGGCUGCCCUCAACGUGCUCAUGGUCGGCACCGGCGAGUACACCACCGGCUUUGUUGGUGGUGGCGCCUCGGGCUCGGACAAGAAGGUGGGCGUCGUUGCGCUUUCCAUGUUCGACCUUCGCCGUCGAGGAAAGGUCGGGAAGCUGGCCAUGGUCGGCGUCAACGGGACCAAGUAUCCAGCCAUACGCGAGCACCUUCACAAGAACAUCUCGCUCGCCUACAACAACCUUGACACAUCGUUCCAAUCUUUCCCUGCGGACGACGCCAAGGACCCGGACUCGUACAAGACCGCCAUUGAUGCGCUGCAGCCCGGGGAUGCCAUCACCAUUUUUACGCCCGAUACCACUCACUACCCCAUUGCCCUGUAUGCCAUCGAGAGGAAGAUCCACGUCAUGAUCACCAAGCCGGCUGUCAAGCUGCUGGAGCACCACCAGCUGCUGCUGGAGGCGGCGCAAAAGCACGGCGUAUACGUCUACAUUGAGCACCACAAGCGCUACGACCCUGCCUACUCGGACGCGCGGUUCAGGGCACAGAAGCUGGGCGAUUUCAACUACUUCUACAGCUACAUGUCGCAGCCCAAGUUCCAGCUCGAGACCUUCAAGGCCUGGGCGGGCGUCGACUCGGACAUCUCGUACUACCUCAACAGCCACCACGUCGACGUCUGCGACUCGAUGGUGUCGCAGCUCGGCUACGCGCCCGUCAAGGUGUCAGCCUCGGCCUCUAAUGGCGUCGCCACCAGCAUGGGCUGCCACGAGAGCACCGAGGACACCAUCUCGCUGCUGGUGCACUGGGAGAACGCGGCGACGGGCAAGCGCGCCACUGGCGUCUACACGGCCUCGUGGACGGCGCCGCAGCGCGCGGGCGUGCACUCGAACCAGUACUUCCACUACCUCGCGCGCGACGGCGAGAUCCGAAUCGACCAGGCCAAGCGAGGCUACGACGUGGCCGACGACGCGGCCGGCCAGCUCGUGUGGUACAACCCCUUCUACAUGCGCUACGCGCCCGACGAGGACGGAAACUUCAACGGCCAGACGGGCUACGGCUACGUCUCGAUGGAGAAGUUCGUCGACGGCUGCCGCGCCGUCAACGCCGGGACCCUCAAGCCCGCGGACCUCGACGCCAAGGGCCUGCCGACGCUGAGGAACACCAUCGCCACCACGGCCAUCCUCGAGGCCGGCCGGAGGAGCAUCGACGAGGCCCGCGAGAUCCGCAUAGUGAGGGAAGGUGAGAAGUGGUCUCUUGUGUAGGGGGAGAAAAGGGAGGUAAAAGCAUUUGUGUUUCGGGCCUGUUUUGAGUCGAUGUUGAUGGGCAGUGUGUAUCAAUGUACAAGUGUGAACGUCUAUGCUGUCCUGAUUUCUGAUAUGACCUGACCUGAUGGCUUCAACCUUUUUGAAUAUCUAAAGUAUCUGAACUCUACAAGAAGGCAUCCUAAGAAUACUGCCAUUUCCAGUUAUGGAUGCUACUUCCUUACAACCCAACUCGGGUCUGAACAGAUCUUGAGCGUUCCGAGGGCAGCAUGAAAUUUGGACUGAUUUAUUAUCAAGGGAACAUGAAUGUUUGGUUGAUUGCUU